GAGCGCAGAGCAGCCCCGGAGCCGGGCACAGAGCAGCCCCGGAGCCGGGCACACAGCAGCGCCGGAGCCGGGCACAGAGCAGCCCCGGAGCCGGGCACACAGCAGCGCCGGAGCCGGGCACAGAGCAGCCCCGGAGCCGGGCACACAGCAGCGCCGGAGCCGGGCACAGCCGCUGCUGCUCCCCUGCGCCUGCAGCCCCGGGGCCCCUGCUUGGGGCUCUGCCCCCCGCCUCACGCUGUCUUCGGAGGGCACAGGGGGCACCAUGGCUUCGCUGCCACUUGUCCUGCUGCUACUGCUGCUGGCACCAGGGGCUGCGGCCACACAAGGCAGGGAUGGGCAUCCUGGCGAAGGCAGAGCCCACCAUGGGCAGGGUGCGGAUGGGGGCAAGGCUCUGCCGGCUCCCCAGGCCAGUUCGGGGCUGAGGAAGGAGAGGCUGCGCCGGGGCACAGAGGAGGACUCCAAGUCGGUGCAGCAGUACGUGCCAGGGGUGCGGGUCGAGUUCCCACGGCCCUUCAACUCUGCCAGCCUGCAUCCCACCAGGGCCCUGCUGCCAUCCAGCACUGACCCUGCUGAGCAGCAGCAGGGGGUCCCCACGGAUGGGCAGGGGGCCGAGCUGCAGACCAAGCUGACGACGGCGCCUGGCCGGCGGCGGCAGAUGCAGAACCCUCUGUACCCGGUGACGGAGAGCUCGUACAGCGCCUACGCCGUCAUGGGGCUGGCCCUCCUCGUCUUCGCCGUGGGCAUCGUCGCCAACCUCUCUGUCAUGUGCAUCGUGUGGCACAACUACUACAUGAAGAGUGCCUGGAACUCCAUCCUGGCCAGCCUGGCUUUCUGGGACUUCCUUAUCCUCUUCUUCUGCCUGCCUGUGGUCAUCUUCAACGAGAUCACCAAGAAGAGGCUGCUGGGGGACGUGUCCUGCCGCAUCGUGCCCUUCGUGGAGGUGUCGUCGCUGGGAGUCAGCACCUUCAGCCUCUGCGCCCUGGGCAUCGACAGGUUCCACGCCGCCACCAGCCCCGCGGCCAGCGCCCGGCCCAUCGAGCGCUGUCAGUCCAUCGUCGCCAAGCUGGCGGUCAUCUGGGUGGGCUCCAUGACGCUCUCGGUGCCCGAGAUCCUGCUCUGGCAGCUGGCACGGGACCCGGCGUCCGCGUCCGGCGCGGCGGCAGAGUACUGCACCAUGAAGCCCUGGGCGGAGCUGCCCGAGUCCAUCUACUCGCUGGUGCUCACCUACCAGAACGCUCGCAUGUGGUGGUACUUCGGCUGCUACUUCUGCCUGCCCAUCCUCUUCACCCUCAGCUGCCAGCUGGUCACCAGGCGCAUCCGCGGCUCCGAGAAGGCCGAGCGCAGGGGCGCCAAGCAGGGGCAGAGCGAGAGCCACCUCAACUGCACCAUCAUCGGCCUGGCCACCAUCUACGGGCUCUGCGCCGCCCCUGAGAACGUCUGCAACAUCGUGGUGGCCUACAUGUCCCCCGAGCUGACCAAGCAGACCCUGGACCUGCUCGGCCUCAUCAACCAAUUCUUCCUCUUCUUCAAGUGCUCGGUGACGCCGGUCCUGCUCCUGUGCCUCUGCAGACCCCUGGGCCAGGCCUUCAUGGACUGCUGCUGCUGCUGCUGCGAGGGCUGCGGCCCCGACGUGGCCUCCAGCGAGGGCAGUGCCGACAGCAAGCUCAAAACUGAGAUGUCCUCCUCCAUCUUCUUCGACAAGCCUCGGGAGUCACCUCCCCCGCUCCUGGCCCUCGGCACGCCCUGCUAAGUGCCCCGGGGAGCUGUAGAGAUCGUUCCACCACCUCCCCCCGAGACCAAACACUGUUCUGCCUUAGUGCCUGCGUCCGGAUGUGGAGCCGGCGCACGACAGCUCAGGGGCUGCGCCACGGGUUUCAAGCCCCAUGUUGGGCGAGGAGGGCUUGAAACCCCAGCCCCCGCGGCUCCCCUGCAGCCCUGCCUCUGCCCAGAGG